CUUGUCUCCUGAUUUCUUUUUUCUCAUAAAUUUCAUCGCUUUCCAGCCGUCACCGCGACCAAGUCCCGCUCCUUCCUCCAGCUUCCCCUCCUAAGCGCAAGAGCCGUCUCCUACCAGCUGGACUGAAGGGAAGCGCACUUGAGAAAACAAGCAUAGACACCGCGUAUCGUGUCUAUUGCGCUUGUCGUGCACAUACAACGCACCAUACACGCGUCGCCACGACUGGUCUUAUUUGCGUCAAUGCAACAGGCAAGCGCGGACUAUACAUCCAAUGGACACGGCAGUCAUGGCAGAUAUGCACAGCGUUAUACACAAGCCAGACAACACGCGUUAGAUCCCAUGCAUUACGCGCAACAAGAAGCAGCGUAUCCACAACAACCAUACCCGCAGCAACAGCAACAGCAACAGCAACAGCAACAGCUUGUCUAUGAACAGGAUCUGUAUGCUGCUCAACGACAGCAGCAGCAACAGGAUCACUAUGCAGCUGGGAUGAAUAGUCCACGUUCGCAGCUCUUGGAUCGGUUGAGAACGCAUGCGCGUCAUGCAUCUGUGCCGGCCAUGCAAACGAGCUACUUGCAACCCAUGUACAGUCCUGAGCCCACUCACUAUCCUGGACUACAAGAUGCGUCGCUGUACUUGCCAACGAACGGCAUGACUGAUCCGCGCAUGAUGCAGGAAGCUAGAGGACAAUUGAGCUACGAUGACUUGUACCUACAAGAGGAACGACGUCGCUAUAUGCUUCAACAGCAGCAAAAACUUGCUCUCAUCCAGCAAAUGCGGCAGCAGGAACAAUUGGAGGAGAUGCAGCAGCGGGAACAAUGGAUGUUGUUGCAGCAGCAGAUGAAUGGAUUGUCUGUGGGUGGUGGGUAUGGUUCGCCACCAGGUACACCGCAGGUCGUCGGGCCUAGUGUACAGCAGGUCUCUCCAUUGACUGCCAUUGUGCAGCAGCAGCAGCGUCAUGCAUCACCUACGACACCUCCGACGAGCGCACGCAAGCAUAAUCGCCAAGAAGCAGGACAACCCCGCCGACAACCCGCUGGUCCACUUGAACUAGAUGUGCUCACCGCACAACCACAUCUAAACUUUGCAAAACGCGCACGUCGGGGCGCGACCAAGUUUCUGGAAGCUGGCACAGCACGGCGUCAUGGAGCCAGUGCGGGACUGUCUGCUAGACAGGCUGGGGUUGUGGCUUCCGGAUGGGUCCCUGGUGCGCGUGCCCUUGCAUGAGCUCAUGUCUUUUCUUUUAUUCUUCAUGAUCCGCUCUUCACACCAAACUUUGUCGUCUACAGGUCUCAUUUUGCACACUUUCACAUUCACUCAUGGCAUCCUCACGCAGCAUUCAUCGCUUCUCUUUUUUAGCACACUCGAUUCGGACAUCCAGUUCAUAGCGUCUAUGCAAAUUAUGUUUGAUUGUACUGAAUCUGUUCACUCACUGCUACUGCUUUCUGCUCAUUACUCACCGUCUCAGGUGUUUGCCACUGUUUGGCUGAGUAAAAAGAAUCGCGACGACGAAA